AUGUCUCUCAAUUAUCUAUCUAUCUAUCUAUCUAUCUAUCUAUCUAUCUAUCUAUAUGUGUCUGUCGAUUACGUCCGUCUGUUUAUCUAUCUAUAUAUAUCUAUAUCUAUAUGUGUGUGUGUGUGUAUCGAUUAUCUAUUGUGGAUUCUAUCUAUCUAUCUAUCUAUCUAUCUAUCUAUCUAUCUAUCUAUCUAUGUCGAUUAUCUGUCGAUUAUCUGCCUGUAUGUCUAUCUAUUUAUCUAUUUCUGUCGGUUAUCUAUCUAUCUAUCUAUCUAUCUAUCUAUCUAUCUAUCUAUCUAUCUAUCUAUGUCUGUCGAUUAUCUGUCGAUUAUCUGUCGAUUAUUUGCUUGUAUGUCUAUCUAUUUAUCUAUUUCUGUCGGUUAUCUAUCUAUCUAUCUAUCUAUCUAUCUAUCUAUCUAUCUAUCUAUGUCUGUCGAUUAUCUGUCGAUUAUCUGUCGAUUAUUUGCUUGUAUGUCUAUCUAUUUAUCUAUUUCUGUCGAUUAUCUAUCUAUCUAUCUAUCUAUCUAUCUAUCUAUCUAUCUAUCUAUCUAUCUAUCUAUGCCUGUCGAUUAUCUGCCUGUAUAUCUAUCUAUCUAUCUAUCUAUGGCAGAAGGCCACGAGAUUUUUUUUUUUUUUGUAGUUUCUUACAAAUUUUUUUCUAUAAACUUUCAUACUUAUUUCCUUUCUUUUUUUCCUAACGUCACUUUAAUUCUGGCCAUUUUGUUUCUUUUAUUUCUUUAUCUAUACUACUGUCUUUCCACUCAAAAUCAUUUCUUUUUCUUUCCUUCAUUUAUUUAUUUAACCCAAUCAAAUUCAUUUCAUUCCAAUCUAUUCUUCCUGUCAACAACUUAUUUUUCUGACGUGAAAGUGAGGUAUUUUCUUUCAUUUCUUUCCCUCAUGUCCUUUGUUGAAACGAAGGUGAGUUCUCUCAUUUCCGCGCUUCCUUUUUUGAGUUAUUUUUCUGACGUGAAAGUGAGGUCUGUCCUUUCAUUUCUUUCCCUCAUGACCUUCGUUGACACGAAGGUGAUUCCUUUCCUCUAUUAUUUUUCUGACGUGAAAGUGAGGUCUUUUCUUUCAUUUCUUUCCCUCAUGUCCUUUGUUGACACGAAGGUGAAUUCUCUCAUUUCCCCACUUCCUUUUUUGAGUUAUUUUUCUGACGUGAAAGUGUGGUAUUUUCUUUCAUUUCUUUCCCUCAUGUCCUUUGUUGACACGAAGGUGACGCCUUUUUUUUUUCAUUUUUUUUUCCUCACAUCCUUUGUUGGCGCGAAGGUGUGGUCUUUCUUUCAUUUCUUUCCCUAA